ACGCGCCGUCAGUUUGAAUUUAUAAAAAGUGUCGGUAAAGCCAAGUGUUUAACUUCACCAAGCGAAGCGACUAGAUUUUUCUUGAACAAACCGAAGCCAUGUCGUUGUUGCCCUACUUACUCGACGAGCCUCGCUACUACCGCCCUUCGAGGUUGCUAGACCAGCAUUUCGGCUCCGUCUUGGACACCGACGACUUCCUGCAGCCCCUGACCGUACCCAGACUGCUCAUACGUUGCCCGGCCGGCUACCUGAGGACGUGGAAGGCGCCUUCUGCGGAGCAAGACACCGGUUCCACCGUUUCUUUCGACAAAGACCGCUUCACGGCUAACCUGGACGUGCAGCAGUUCAAACCGGAGGAAAUCACCGUGAAAGUGACGGGGGAGAACACCGUGACCAUCGAGGGUAAGCACGAGGAGAAGGAGGACGAGCACGGGCAGAUCUACAGACAUUUUGUAAGGAAGUAUGUUCUUCCCAAGAGCUGCGACAUAGGCAGGGUGGAAUCCAAGCUGUCCUCUGAUGGCGUGCUGACGAUCACGGCGCCUAGGAUCGACGACAAGGAAAUCGAACACAAACCCAUCCCCAUAAAGCAGACCGGUGAGCCGGUGAAACAGAUCGAGAAGAGCGAGAAGCCCGCAGAGAAGUAGGAAAAUCAAUAUAUGGUAACGUCUUCUCGUAUAGACCGACUGAAUUUAAAAAUCAUACUUGAGGCUUCUUUCUAGAACUGGUUACUGUGCAUUUUAUAUCGCUAUAAUUGUAGCUGUAUCCAUUUGUAUUCAAUUUGUACAUUUUAUUGUUUGUAAAUCCUAAGGUUACAAAAUAAAAUGAAUAAUUAAAUACA